AUGAGAACCUACCUCCAGGCAUUUGAUCUAUGGGAGGUGGUUAACUCAGAUGUUGAACCAGAACCAUUGAGAGCAAAUCCAACAGUGGCUCAAAUGAAGCAGUACUUUGAAGAAAAAAGUAAAAAAUACAAGGCCAUAUCAUACAUUCAGAACUGUGUUUCUGACGUAAUUUUUACUAGAAUCAUGGCUUGUGAAACACCAAAACAAGCCUGGUACAAACUCAAGGAGGAGUUCCAAGGCACAGAGAGGAUAAGGCAGCAACAGCUCUUGAACCUAAGAAGGGAUUUCGAGAAUUUGAAGAUGAAGGAAGAAGAAACUGUCAAGAAGUAUUCUGACAGAAUCAUGGCUGUAGUUAACAGCAUAAGGCUCAUUGGUGAGCAAUUUGAUGAGGCAAGGAUUGUGGAGAAAGUGUUCUCUACCUUACCAGAAAGGUAUGAAGCAAAAAUAUCCUCCUUAGAGGAUUCAAGAGACCUAGUAAUCAUCUCCUUAACUGAGCUCAUUAAUGCCCUCUAUGCUCAGGAGCAAAGGAGAGCUAGCAGGAUAGAGGAGCACCAAAAGGGUGCUUUCCAAGCUAAAACCAAAGGCCAGAUGUUGGUUCAGGCCAGAUGUUGUGUAUCAACACUGCAAGAAGAAGGGCAUGUUGAAAGGGCCUGCAAACAAAAUGGCAGACCUGGCCAGAAUCAAGCACAAUACAAAAAGGCUGAAGCUCAAGUGGCUGAAGACAGUAGUGACCAUGAAGAAUGGGUUUUUGCUGUUUCAUGCUCAGCUGGCCAGAAGAAAGGUACAAAAGGCUAG